AUGUUUCCCUUCUGGCCCCGCAGCCCGGGAGGAGAGCGGGCGGCCGGGGCGGAGGAGCCGGAGCCUCCCGCGGGGCAGGCGACAGCCUCCAGGCUGCCCUCUCCGGCUCCCCUGCCGGCGCCUCCACAGCCGGGCGCUGAUGCGGUUCCUCAGCCGGCCGCCUGGAGCUCUCGCCUCCCGGGCACCCCCGAGCUGGCAUCGCCCGGAGCUCGCGAGUCGUCGGCUGCCUGCGCCCAAGAAGAGCCGUCGCCGCCCUCCUCGCCGCGCCUGCGGCCCGGGCCGGACUGCGGGGCGGCGAGCCGGGGCCGGCAGGGCCCGAGCGCGGGCCUCAGCGGCCCGGGCGCCAGGUUGUUCGGGUGGCUGAGAGAACGAAGCCUGGGCCGGGGGCUGUUUGUGGACCCGGCGCGGGACAAUUUCCGCACGAUGACCAACCUGUAUGGUUCCAUUCACCCGGCGGACUCGGUGUACCUCAGCACCCGCACCCACGGGGCGGUCUUCAAUCUCGAAUACUCGCCCGACGGGUCAGUGCUGACAGUUGCUUGUGAACAGACUGAAGUUCUGCUUUUUGACCCUAUAUCCUCAAAGCACAUAAAAACACUCUCUGAAGCUCAUGAAGACUGUGUAAAUAAUAUAAGAUUUCUUGAUAACCGGCUGUUUGCAACCUGCUCUGAUGACACUACAAUAGCACUAUGGGAUCUGAGAAAACUGAACAGCAAAGUAUGCACUUUACACGGUCACACUAGUUGGGUGAAGAACAUCGAAUAUGAUACUAAUACAAGACUCUUAGUAACGUCAGGAUUUGACGGAAAUGUCAUUAUUUGGGACACUAACAGGUGUACCGAAGAUGGGUGUCCACAUAAGAAAUUCUUUCAUACUCGUUUUCUCAUGCGAAUGAGAUUAACACCAGAUUGUUCCAAAAUGUUGAUCUCAACGUCCUCUGGAUAUCUCUUGAUUCUGCAUGAUCUUGACUUAACCAAAUCUUUGGAAGUAGGUAGCUACCCCAUUUUGAGAGCCAGAAGAACUACAUCAAGUUCAGAUUUGACUACUUUGUCAAGUUCAUCUGGUCCUAGAGUAUUUGGUUCACCUUGUCAUCACAGUGACUCUAAUUCAUCUUCUGAGAAACACAUGUCACGAGCUUCUCAAAGAGAAGGAGUUUCACCACGAAAUAGUCUUGAAGUCUUAACCCCUGAAGUUCCUGGUGAGAGGGACCGCGGAAACUGCAUCACAUCCUUGCAGCUGCACCCCAAAGGCUGGGCCACUCUUCUUCGGUGCUCAAGCAACACUGAUGAUCAGGAGUGGACCUGUGUCUAUGAAUUCCAAGAAGGAGCUCCAGUGCGACCCGUCUCACCUCGCUGUUCCCUACGACUGACUCAUUACAUCGAAGAAGCCAACGUAGGCAGAGGUUACAUCAAAGAACUUUGCUUCAGCCCUGAUGGGCGAAUGAUUUCUUCUCCACAUGGUUAUGGGAUUCGUUUGUUGGGAUUUGACAAACUGUGCAGUGAACUAGUUGACUGUUUACCCAAAGAAGCCAGUCCCCUCCGGGUGAUCCGUUCUCUGUACUCUCAUAAUGAUGUGGUACUGACAACAAAGUUCUCUCCGACACAUUGUCAGAUUGCCUCAGGGUGCCUUAGUGGACGAGUUUCUUUGUAUCAGCCAAAGUUUUAGGCACAACUUAUGUCAAAUAAGGGACUCUUUGGGUGUUUGACUUAUAAAUUACUUCCAUUUAGGUGAAGUAUUUUCUUUUUAGAAGAUCUUACAAGUUUGGGUCAAGACCCUGGUUCUUAGGGGUCUAUGAACAUACCCGUGACCUGACUACUUGGUCAUCCAGCAUCAUUACGGGCAUCUCCAAGUUAGACUCUAUGCAGCAUCAUCUUUUUCAACAUUCCUCUGCUCCUGCUGAUCUGUGCCAUUGAACUGUUCUUCUGAUUAUUUUGCAUGGUAGAUCUUGUUAAAUUCUCUGCCUUCCUAAUCUCUGUCCCUCCUUUCUUUUCCCCUUUUCUUUCCUUUUCCUUUUCUUGUUUUGGUUUUUCUCACGAAUUUUGUGGAGAUUUGGCAGGAAUUUGAUUGAGAUAAAAGAAACUCAUGGCACUGGUAUUAAAUAAAACCCAGAAGUAGUAGGCUGUUAGCAUACCGGUUGUUGAAAAAGACAUUUCACCUUCAUUUAUUAGUAUAUUUGGCCUUUUAAAGUUGCUAUUAUAUUUCUCUAUAUUGAGCAUAGAGAAUGGAGUAAUUGUCAUAAGAGUUUAGUCGGUGCAACAAAAUGUCAUUUAAGUUUCCUGCUAAAAUUUCACACAGUUUUUCAUUUAACAAAGAUUUUGUUGUAAAAAAUAAUACCAUCCCUCUUUCAAUAAUUUACUUGUAUGAAUGUUAAGUCUUGAGCAUGUGUCCUUAAUGGUAUUUUGUUGUUAUAACAGCAUUGCUAAAAGAGAAAAGGAAUAGGCUUUAUCGUUUCUGUUGUACAGAAAAGGAUUUAUUUUUUAGAUUAGCAAAUAUCGAGUCAGAGAGUGAUAAAAACAUUGUGAUUUUCUGUGAUUCUUUGAACCACACAGGAUAUAUUAAUCGUAUUGGUGUUGACAGGGGAAUCAAGAGUACAAUGGUGACAUUUUAUUGUCUGUCUUCCUUGUGCCAGGAGUCAUAGGCUCAACUGUUUCACUAUUAGUAAGCAGAGAACUAUAGUCCUAUUCAACGUGUUGUUAUAACCCUGGAGUCGGUCACAUGAUGGCAAGAUUAAGUGCCCAUAGGAAUACCUGUUUUCGAUUUUGUUAUGAAAUGUGUGGCAAGUAAAAGCAUCAGGCAGAGACUAAGCACAAGAAUGCUGCUCUGUUGAAUGCCAUUGUGUUGAGAAGUGAUUUCCAGAAGCUGGAGUAAUUCAGGCCACAGCACUAACCUUGUCCUUUUACGUCACAGACUUCUUUAGGCUAAAUAUAAUGAAGGGAAAAUGCAUAAACCUGGGCCUUACCUUCAGGAAGGGGACAAUAGAAAUAUGUAUUUUUAACAGAAACCUUCAGUAAUUUUUAUUCAAGUAGUCUCCAGAUAAUAGUUGGGGGCGAGGGGAGAAAAGGAAACCUUUAUAAACAGCACUCAGUACUUCUGUAUCCACUUGGUGCUUAAAACAGUCCCUACAAGAUGUUUUGAAUAUUUGAAUAGUAAUAGUAAAUGAAAACAAUUUUAGAAGUAGAAAAUAACUUGGAAUGGAAUGAGUUGUAUUAUUUGAAAAGAAAAGAAAAGGUUAUGCAAAGUUAAAAGCAAAGCCAGUGCUUGAAUUCAGUCCUCCUAAUUAAAUUCAGAUUUCCUAAGAAACUUGCUCAGGGCAGUUUCUACUCUAUUAAGUACUAUAAAGAUGCUUUGUCUUUAAGCUAUAUUGUUGUGUACCCCUAAGAUGGCCAAUAGAUUUAAAUGGAAGGCAUGAGAGUAAAUUCUGAGAAUUUCAGUCAUGAGAAGAAAAGUAUUUUAAACCUGAGAGAAAUGUUAAAGUGAGCCAAAUACUUGAAUAAAAAUGACAUUUCUUUGUAAGACAUGAAGAACAGCCAUUUGCAUACAUUCAUAAGAGGUGCUAUCUCACUUGGAACUAUAUUGGCUCUAGGAUACAUUUUUAUAAUUAGAUAAUCUUACCAUGGAUAUUGCAAAAAUUAAAAUUUUGUAGUUAUUGAAAAAAUUACUACAGAACACAUUAAAAAAUAGGCCUUUCAUAAUUUUUUAAAAAAUUAAAAGCAAAUACUGUUUUGAAGGAAAACACCCAAAAACAUUAAAAAUAAUAAUGAUCAAAUUGAUAUGUAAGAUUCCAUAAAUUGUAUAAAUUUGGAAAGGUUUGAUGUCAGACGCUGAACCUAAUGUCACCAAACUCUAAAUUCUUGAUCCACUAGUCCCAAGUAUUAUGUGUUAAAUAAUGUGCCUACUUUACUACUAGCCCUCCCCCCAAAACUUGCAAGAUAGGUAGAAUGAACCUCAAAUUAACUUUGGAGGUUGUGAUAGGUAAAAAAGAUUAAGUGACUUGUCCUGAAGUCACAGUUGGCUAUGGGUAGCUGGACUGGGAUUCAAACCUAGAUUUGUCUGUUUUACCCAAAGAUUGCUUACUACUCUAUCACUUUACCUUUAACUGGUAAAGGCUGGUAAACUGGCCUAUUACUUUGCUUGUUUAGUAUCUUCUGGAACCUUUUCUUAUUACCAUCUGUACCAAGCAAAAAAAUAUUUACAAGACUGAAAGUUUCCGUGGGAAUGAAGAUAAUAAACUUGGGGCAUACACAUUAUCCAUUCCUAACUAAAUAUCCUCAAGCAAGAUAAGAUAAGCUAGAAAAAAAACUGGAGGAUGAAUAUCCUUAUGUAAAAAUAGAGCCAUAAAAAUGAGAAUUAGCAACAGCACAAACAAAUUUUGCCCUCUUUGAGGUAUAAUCAUAUUUAAAAAGUCACCAAGAAAUAUUAGUCAAGGAAUUAAAUGGCCUUAUGAAUACAACACUAUUUGAAUUACUCAUUAUACUUUCCAUGUCCCAUUUUACUUAGAACAUACCUAAUCUGAUUUUUUUUACUCUUAUAGUCAGUCAUUUUUAUUGAUGAUAAUUGGUAAGCAUAUUAUAAUUGGUAAGAAGCAUUAUUGGUAAAUGUAUAAAUUGUUCUCCUGGUUAAAAGCUGACUCCAGACAGUAUGUUUAUGGUAGUGCCAUGUUGAAUCAGUUACAUACAUCAAAUAUAGAAUGUUUUAUUUUCAGUUUUGAAACCCAAGUGGCAAAAGACAAAAAUGCUUCUAAUUUAGUCUUUUAAAAAUGUGUACUCUUUUUUUCUCAGAAGCUCAAAGCAUUUUGUUAUUUCUUGUUACAUCCCUGAGAAGAUGUUAUAUCAAAAGUUAAGAAAACAAGCAAGGAGAAGGUAAAUCACAUAUUCCCUAUUCUUGUGUCUAGAACCAAGUUCAUAUUAUAUCAUUCUUAAUGUUGUGUUCUCUUAGAAAGUGCAGUAAAGGGAAAAUGUUCUGAGACUCUUUUAGAAGUUUAGUGGUUCCAGCAUUAGUCAGAAUAUACAUGGUACUGGUAUCCAUAACUGUCUGUUAAACUUGUGUUUGCAGGAGAAAUGUUUGACAACUUACUGAUGACAAUCAUCCCCACUUAAUGGCCAGCUAUAAUUGAGUGCUGUGAAAAUCCACUUAGAAACACCUUAUGUUGGUCAGGAAGAAACCAUAUAUAUGAAUUUUGGAUAGCUAAUACAUAUCUCUUAAGUGCCAAAUUUAAAAACUUGUAAUUAUUUUUGAUGCAAGUCUUUCAGGUAUGUUAGUAUACUUCCCUGCCUUCUUAAAUAGCAUGUUCAGUAUAAUUCACUUUUUCAUGAUGAAAGUUAUAUUCAUAAUGUGUUAUGAAAUACCCAAUGAGCUCUGAUACAUAUAAAGACAUAUAUAUCCCAUUUCAUAAAAUUUAAAGGGCUAUAACAAAUAUGAGUUAAUGUCUCUUACAAUGUGAUCCCCUCAACUCUGAGGUUAAAAAAAAAGUUUUAUAUCUGCUAAAUAGUGUAUUCUGUCAACAUGCUCCCACUUUUCUUCUAAUGUGCUGUUUCAACCAUGAUAAGCUGGGACAUGAGAUAAUCAAGCCUGUUCAGAGUCUGCUGAAAAAGCUGGACAAACUUGGCUCACAGUCUGUGAGGUAGCUCCUUUGAUUAUUUUCUACUUACUUUCUAGCUAACAGAAGCUCCCAGGUAAAGCCUAAACUAGUGAUUUUUCAUUUACUCUUCAGUAAGAUACUACAAACUAAGGAUGCUGCUAGAUUAAGCUAUAAAUAGAAAUGUACCAAAGUACAGCAAUGCAACAACAAAAGCUCUGUAUUUGCACAGGGGUUUUAUGUUUUUACAAAAAAAAUUAAAAAGCAGGAAAAAAAAAAGGAAGAAAUCCAGAUAGAUUUAAGACUAUUUUAGUAGCCACGAAACUUCGUCAGUAACCAUUAAAAUAUAUGAUUAAAUUGUUACAUUGUUACAAAGACAUGGUUUAGUCUCAUUGUAGAAUAAAAUUGUACUAAAAUGUAAUCUUAGAGAUGAUUCUAAAUGAUAUCCUAAGAAUGUCUCCCAUUCAAAUGAUAAUGGAAAUUUUUAUGAAAAGUCUCCAAUUUAGCUUUAUGCUGCUCUCUUCAGUUGUAAAUGAAUUAAUGGCAGAGAUGUGGGUUUUAUCAAUGGCAGCAAGGAGCACAUCUCAUACGCACCUCCCAUGUAUGUGUAUAGAAAAUGUCACUGUAAGUGAAAAUGUUACCAGAAAUAAUAAAAUAAUUUUUCAAAUUUAAA